AUGGCCCGCCGGAUGUGUGUCAAGGUAGUUAGGGGUGAGUAUAGCAUACAUACCUUUAUGAUUUGUAUCCUCUCACUUUCCAGCUUCCAACUAACAGUAAAUAAACUAGAAAUAACAGAUGUUGGCUUGGCCCGUUAUGAAAUUAUCCGCCCUAUCCUUCAGAAGAUUGAGAAUCCCCAGCAACUCUAUGAACUUGAGCAAAGAUCUCCACAUCUUCUAGAGCACGAUGCUGAACUCUGGAUUGAAUUUAUCAAGCGUGACAUAUACUUCUGGGAGACUCUGGAUCUAACUGAACCCCCUGAGAGUUGGUAUCAGUUUUAUACAUCUCUUAGGGAGCAAGCUGCCAAGAAAGUUGACGAGGAUGCAGAGCGCAUGAAACGUGCGUUACAAGGCCUUGACAAGGAGAAGCUAAAGCACACUCCCAAACUGGUUGAUGUAAAGCAAAUGAGACUCCCCCGAGAAAAGCCUACUACUGUUCAGCGGCAUGCUCACCAUGACCGCAUGAUGGGCGGUAUCUCCCCUAUUUUCGCAUUAGGCACGAAGAGCAGUGACCCCAGUAACGGUAAGCCGUGGGAGGAUCGACCGCAAUGGAGACUUGUCCCGCCCAAGCUGUCUUCUAGAUCCAACUCUGGUGCUUCUUCUGGAGCCAGGAAGUCUGCAUUACCGGCGGCCGUCAAGCGGAAUAACAGGCUGUCUACGCCAACCCACAAACUCAAUACUAUGGCCUCCCGUAUCAUCAAAGCUCCCAAGUCUUUUAUUGAGGAUCACCAAAAGAAUUCAAGCCCCAUCAACCGGUCUACCCGGCCCCCUAUUCGCAGCAAUGUCACCACAGUGCCAUUUCCGAAGCCUGCUGCGAUCCCGCAGAAGCCACCUAGGGGUCACGACUCAACUCCAGACCAUACACCUACCGAUACAUCUAUACAUAUGUCUGAAAAGCUUCAAACGUCACGUUCCGUUAGAAGCUCUGACCCUAAAUUCAAGCCUACACUGGCUAGUGCCCGAACGAGCUCAGAUAUUACUCCUGGUCCGACUGGACCUAAUGUGAACCGUGGAAAUCCUACAAUCCCCCCGCAUGAUGCCUCGUCUAGCAGACCAGAAUUAGGAAAGAAGAGACAGGGCAAUCACACCUCGUCUAGAUCCACAUUAAGCAAUAAGCAGAAAAGACUGAAAGUUUCGUGA